AAACAUCAAAAAUGAGGUCUAAUCACAACAUCACUAAAACAUGUCAAAUUCACGACGGAUCUGCGUCUGCGGAAGAGAAAGGGGCAAACAGCCCGUCGUAAUCACCAUAACUACCUGUAGAAAAAAUCAUCAGCCCAACGGAGAUGGAUCGCUCUGUAUCUCUUCCAAUCCUCAAGCCACUUCAUCUCCCAUUCAGAUAGGUGGUCAACCAAACGUUACCAAUCAUACGCAAAAGAGUGAAACUGGUACGCAAGAAGACUCCUCAAACCGUGUUGAGAACCAGUCAAAGGAUAUUAGUGAUGUUAACAGUAGUUUACCACCUAAUGACUCUUCAUAUGAAACUGCCAAUGCAAGUAGUACACAACCAGCAGAGACAGCUACAGAAUCCACUUUAACUCCUGAUCACCUAAAUAAUACCGACCCUACUUUAUAUAAAACAGCAGAAACAUCAUCACAUGAUACUAAAAAAGUAAACACUACUACAACAAUGUUUGCUACUAUUACUGAAUUCAAUAUGUCAAAUACUGGCAUAAAUACUACGCCAUUUUUAGACAAUUUAUUUUGGAAAAAAAGCACGACAAAUAUACAUAGUAUUUUAGAAAACCGACCAAAAAUCCAUCAAAAUGAGUGUCAGUUAGAAAUUUUAGUUUUUGAGAAACAUCCUAUAAACUGCAGGCAUCAAUUAAGUGAAAAGGAUCAAAAUGUCUUCUAUGAUGGGAACUUCGUAUUUGAAAGCAUUGGCAGAAUUUCCUUUCCCAUACCUGCUACCGAAGAUAAUGUAGUAUAUCGUAAAUCAACACAAUCACUAGGCGAAUACUUAAAAGCGGACGACCAUUUAAAAGUAAACCCUAAUAUUUCCGCCAAAAGAAAAAUGGAACUCUUUGAAAAUAUUGAAAAUUACGUAAAAAAUAAGCAAAAUCAAGAAAAUGUCUGUAAAAAACUACCUGAAGUGGAUCCAGUAUUGGAGAAAUAUAUUGCAAUACACAGAGAUGUUGUAUCAAAAAGUUCUUCAAUGACCAAUACAGAUGAAAUAUAUUUCAAAAAAGAUACGACCGAACGCGGAGUUCAAUUUCGUAGCUCUAUAUACAAAAUGUUGAAACAAACGAGGUGGUACAAUAAUUUUUUGUUAUGCUUUGGUAUAAAAAGCGAUGAUAAUCUGUACCAACGUCAAGAUUUUCCUAAACAUGAAGUGCAACUCAAAAAUAGCUCAACCUACAUAAUAUCAAAAUACUUAAGAGUGUAGAACAGAAAGGUAAAAGAUCGAACAAAGCAAUUUUAAAUACGAAAUUUUAAAGUAAAUAAAUUAUUAAUUCUGACAGUA